UCUGAUGGUACAGAAGAAGAAAGCCACAAUUUCCAGUCACUCUAUAUGGCCAUUUCCAUGAUCAUAGUUUCUGAAAUCGGGGACAAAACAUUCUUGAUCGCCGCUUUGAUGUCGAUGAAGCAUUCGAAAUAUGUGGUUUUCUCAGCAGGCUUCUCGUCCUUGGCUAUUAUGACAGUAUUGCUGGGAAUUGUGGGCCAUGCUUUACCCGCAUUAAUCUCUGAAAGAAUCACGAAACUUCUUGCUGCUAUUUUAUUUAUUAUUUUUGGCUUCAAGUUAUUCAGAGAAGGUAGCGCGAUGUCGAAAGACUCAGGGGUAGGAGAGGAGAUGGCGGAGGUCGAGGAGGAAUUGCAGGCAAGCAAUAUGAAUAUUCAAAUGACGAGCUUAGAGGAGGGUGUGACCCAAGCACUUCCUGAGUCCGAGAAGGCAAACUACCUAUCUCAAUUGUCAAACUUGGCUUCCUUCAUUCUUUCGCCAGUUUGGAUUCAGGUUUUCGUCAUGACAUUCUUGGGCGAAUGGGGUGACCGUUCUCAGAUUGCAACGAUUGCUAUGGCUGCAGGAUCUGAUUAUUGGUUUGUUAUUUUCGGGGCCAUCAUAGGCCAUGCUAUAUGUACCGCAGCUGCCACAAUCGGCGGUCAGCUUUUGGCGACAAAAAUAUCCAUGAGAAAUGUUACUUUGGGAGGCGCCUUUGCAUUCGUCGUUUUUUCGGUUUUGUACUUCUAUGAU